GAUGUCAAAACAAUGUCUCAAUCGAGACCACGCAUAGCAGAAAUGAUUUCGCUUCGAAAGUGUGAAUUACAACCUGUAACGCAGCUGGAGAUCUGUUGAAUUCUAAACAACACAUUGCAAGGUGCAUCUGGGGGGUGGACCGCUAAGGAAUGUUGGCUACCGUAAAGAGAAACGAUGACGUAGAUUUCCAUCCCAUUGCUAAACAGUGUUCUCAUCAUUAACGUUUAAUCCGCAUCUUUGGGCAGAGCUCAAAGUCAAAGAAAAGAUUUAUUGUAAAUACUGAGUUAAAGGCACUUAAUCACUGAACAACAUGGCCGUAGCAGGAGGUUUGAAGUGUGUGAAGUUCCUUCUGUUCUUCUUCAACUUUAUCUUUUGGCUGUGUGGCCUGGCUCUGAUCGUGGUGGGCGUCCUGGUGCAGGUGGUUAUGCACAAGACGCCGGUGAUCAGCAAUGCCGCCGGCUCGACCGCGCCCCUGGCCGUGAUCGGGGUGGGGGUCAUCAUCUUCUUCGUCGCCUUCUUCGGUUGCUGUGGGGCCUGGAAAGAGAACUACUGCAUGGUCACCACGUUCGCCAUUCUGGUCUCCGUCAUCAUCAUCAUUGAGAUCGCCGCUGCCAUCGCCGGUUACAUCUUCCGGGGCAAGCUGAACGGCAUUCUUAACACCGGGCUCAAAGACAUGAUCUCUAAAUACAAGAACGGCACGGCCGAGAUCCGGAAAGGCAUGGACGACCUGCAGCAGUGCCUGAAGUGCUGUGGGGCGAACUCGACAGCGGACUGGAUUAGCUUUAACCCGAAUGGGAAUUCCGUGCCCGACUCCUGCUGCAAGAACAUCACCAAAAACUGUGGGCUUAAAAACAUGCACAACAAGACCAAAGUGUACCAGCUGGGCUGCCGUGUUGCCUUGGAAGAAGCCUUGAAGAAGAACUUGCUGUGGGUGACCGUUGCUGCCCUGGUGAUCGCUUUCUUGCAGAUCAUGGGAGUUGUUUUCGCCUGUCUGCUCAUGAGGGGGAUCCGCAGUGGCUAUGAGGUCAUGUGAGGACUGUCUGAUGUCACAGGAAAUCUGAAGAAAACUGGUCUAAUCUUUUAGUUCGUUUUCACCAGGGUAAUUUUAACGGCAGACUUUUUGCAUGUUAUUUGAAUUUUUCCCUUUUAUUUUUCUUCGCACAUUUUUGUUGUGAUAUUGUAAAAGAUUUAUCACUUUUAGCUCUGUAUAGUGGGGGUUAAUUUAAGAAAAUGAAUUUAUGACCGAUGAGAAAAUGAAGGUUUUAGAUUUUAGUAAAAUUUGCCUUUUGCUAAAAGAAUUCUUAAAAACUAAAGAGAAAUGUGCAUUAUGCUAAUAGCCAUAAUCUCCGCUGCUUUUUUUAAAUCAUAAUUGUAGUCCUUUGGAAUCAGUACCUUUCUCCACGCUUAUAAAUCAAAUCUGUACAGGACUGUUGUUUGGUUCCUUUGUGAUGUUUGUUUUAUUAAAUAUUUUAACCUUGUACCUCCCCAAA